UCAUUGGAACGUCGUUUCACAACACUGGAUGCUAAUCUUUCGAAAUUUGUUUUGUUUUUGUUUGUUUUUGUUAAAUAUAUAUAUAAAACGAUGAAAACCUCGGGCGUUGGCAAUUCCGACGAGUUGAACAAGUCAACGCACAGUAAAGUCACCAAAAAGUCCACAAAAUCCCGCUCCAAGUCAGCCAAAUUGGAGUUGGCUGGUAAGAAUUCCCUAUCCGCAUCCGCAUCCGCAUCUGCCACUUCCGCAUCCGCAGUGGGCAGCCUGCCAGCCACGCCCACCCACCUUAAUAUGGUCACGACGCCCACAACGCCAACUUCGAGUUUGGGUAACUACAAUCUAUUUGAUGCCUCAUUUGCGGUGGCCGGAGGUGGCGGUGGUGGCCAUGGACUCCAAGGAGGAAUUGCAGGAGCAGAGGCCUCUGGAAACUCCAGUCGAAUGGGCCAUCAGAAGAGCUAUGCCGGCUUUGAUCCGCGGAGCAUUAAGAUAUUUUGGGAGCAGCACGACCAAACGGAUGUAGAACUAUCACAAGAUGUGUGCGCCAAACUGGCCGAGGAUGCCUCCUACAAAAUCUGGGAACUGAUCAAUAACGUGAAGAUAUAUUCCCGCCAUUCGGGUGGAGUGGUUACCUAUGAUCUGGUUAAUGAGGUGCUCAAGGAUGCCGAUGUGCCACCCAUGCUGGGCGCCAUGGACACCGAUUGGGACCGCAUCGACUACGAUGGCAGCUUUUACUUCCACUCCGACAAGAUCUUUGAACUGAGUGCCGAGUUUCAAAAGGAAAUCAAUCUCUGCACACCCGAUGAUGCGGACUUUCAGAGCAUCUGCCCCGUGGAAGAUAAGCACACGGAUCUAUUGCGGCAGUGUGUUCAGAGUCUGAUUACGGCUGCCCUUUUCGCAGACACCAAAUCCCAGAUGGCUGCCAUCUGCCAUGCCUACCAAACGCCCCUCAUGGGCUCCAUUUACCGGGUUAUAGUGAGCAAGAUCGUACAGCUGCUGGCCUUCAAGCAGCAGGACCAGUUGAGCCAGCGUUGCUGGCGCUUGCUACGUGCCUGUAACUACAACUCCACGGCCAAUCACAAUGCCUGUCGGCCGGAGUAUUUCAACCUGGCCGAGGUGCUCGUCAGCCAACUGAUGGCUCCCUACGAAACCAUCAGACCAGCACCACCAGAGGCUACAGACUCCGCUGAGCAGGCCACCAUCAAAAUGGAGUUUGAAGAGCAGCCAGAACAGUUGCCCAAUCCCGCUGAUAAUCCCGUUGUCAUGGAGGUGGGCAAGCAGGAGCAGGAGCCCCAGAUGUUUCCCAGUGAAAAUACACUGCAGGAGCACACCAUAUACAGGCUGCAAACGGAGGAGGAGGAGGCGGAGGAGGGUAAUCCCCAAACGGAGACACAGGAACACCUGUCCACCUACUUUGCCACUCCAGUGGGUAAUCUCCUCGUCGAUGAACUGUGCGAAACAAUGGGUCAGCUUGCCUCCCAGAGUGGUUAUCUGCAGGCAGAGUGCCUCUUCCUCAUCAAACGACGUUUGGCGAGGUUCUUUGAGGGACGCAUUAUCUGCAGUGAGAGGGACUUUAAGUACAUCAGCAGAGCGGUACGCGGUCUAAUCGCUUUGGGGGAGUAUGCCUUUCGAGAGUUUAUACCCUACAUCUACAAACUACGCGUGGAGGAAAUUCCAGACAGUUUGUGGCAGGAUCUGGCACCGGCUGCCAUCUUCCUGGGCGGACAGGAUGACACAUAUCUGUACGAGUGGCUGGAGCAUGGAUGCGGUGCCGCUCUGCAACCCUUUCUGGUGCACUAUGCGCGAACCUACGAAAAGAUGGUGAGCAGGCGGUACGUACGAGUCAAGCCACCGGCUUAUAGAAUAGAAUCAGUACCAGGAGUGCGUCGACUGGAAUGGAGCACCCUGGCGGCAGCCAUGUGCCAUGGCGAUGAUCCCAGCAAGGCGCUCAAGCCAAAGCCCACUCUGUGCGAGGCAUUCCCCCACCUCCAGCCACCGAAUCUGCAGCUUAAUUGCGCCGGACACAUCCGCUUCAAGUUCGCCGGCUGUCGACCGAUGCUGCUAAAGCCCAAGGUUUCCAAUCUGCCGCAUUCCGUGGACUCGCCCGCGUCCACAGCGAAUGGUGGGGCUGGUGGUGGUGCCAGCUCCGAUAUUCUCAUAGCCAAGCGAAAGCUUUUUAAGCCGCUGACGAACGUGCGAAGAUGGUCGCCCAUUAGCGGCUACCACUACCUGAGGAUUUGAACCUAAGGGUUGUGAAGGAGAAUUAUUUGGGGAUCUCAAUAAAACUAUACUUUUACUUUCAA